AUGGCCGCCCGGCCGGGGCGGCUGCCGGCGGGGCUGGGGAGGCGGAGAGGCGCGGCGGAGGCCUGGAUCCUGCUUCUCCUCUGGUUCGCGGGUGCAGCCGUGGAGGGAGCGGCGGGCACGGAGCCGCCGCUCAAGUGCGACGAGCUGAGGCUGGGGCAAUAUAUGUGCGAUGAGCCUAAAAUAGACAAUAGUACACAAGAACCAAUGAAUUGUACAAAUCACACAGCAUAUGUUCAAUGUCUACCAGCACCAAAUAUUACUUGCAAAGAUCACCUUGGCAUAGAAAAAGUCUUUACAGGACAUGAAGUUGGAUUUUACAAGCCUAUUGCAUGUCGCAAUGUAAAUGGAUACUCCUACAAAGUGGCAGUGGCUCUAUCCUUAUUUCUUGGAUGGUUGGGAGCGGAUAGAUUUUAUCUAGGCUAUCCUGCAUUAGGUUUGUUAAAGUUCUGCACUGUAGGAUUUUGUGGAAUUGGUAGCCUAAUUGAUUUCAUACUUAUUUCAAUGCAGAUUGUUGGACCUUCCGAUGGCUCUAGUUACAUUAUAGAUUACUAUGGAGCAAGGCUUACACGGCUCACUAUUACCAAUGCAACAUUCAGGAAAAUGCAGACUUAUCCUUAACCCUGGCAGUAAGUGUCACAAAUGCAUAGGUGCAUUUUAUUUUUACAGAUGGAUCCAGUCGUCCACUGAAAUUGCUGAUGACUUAUUAAUUACACUUCAUCAGAACUGAAUAUUAAAUGUACAUUGAACAAAGAUGAUAAAAUAUGAAAAUUCCUCAAGUGAAUGUGUUUACCUCAAAGGCGCCAAGUUCCUUUGACUGCUCUAUUUCUGUGAGCACAUAGUUUGUUGUUAAGUUGUACCAUUUGUGAAAUGUGCAGAUUUUUGCAAUUUGCACGGAUGAUGUUCUGUGUCUGUAAGUGUAAUUUAGAGUGUUAUAGAGAGGUGUAGAAAGAGUUGUUCAGAACAACUGUGCUGAUCUUUACGCCAUUGGAAUAGAUGAGAGUUUUAGCAUGGAUGGGCCAAGAUUACACUUGGGGUCUGUUUUCCUAACUAUAUGUGGCAGUUUGUAAAUGAACUUAAAUAUCCCAAACCACAGAAACUGCCUUUCUUUCUACCCUGUUAGUUAAAAUCCAGAUGGCCCUAAAUCUUGUGCUGGUAUAUCCUGUGAAAUUCUAUUAAUUGAAAUAAUUAUUUCUGUAAAGCUUAAAGACAAAUUUUGGUCCAGUUGCGAAAUUUGGUCAGUGCUGAUCAACAGUAGAAAUAGGGAUGCAUAAAAAAUAGAACCAUAGAUGACACGUCAGAAGAAAGGAGGGUAGAUAUUAGGGUGCCCUGAGGUUACAAUAGGAAAUAAUCGUUCUGCUUUUUUGGAUUCCCCC